AUGUCUGACGAAGAAGAAGUCCUUGGUGGUUUCGAGUCUGUUGAUGAACUCCAAUCUCAUGGUAUCAACGUUCAAGAUAUCUCAAAGCUCAAAGCAGCUGGGAUCGUCACUAUUCUCGGAGUCGCUCAAACUACCAGAAGACAUUUGCUCAAAAUCAAGGGUCUUUCGGAGGCCAAAGUUGAAAAACUCAAAGAAACGGUCGCUAAGAUGCUGCCGCCACCCUUCCUCACCGGUACUGAAAUUGCCGAUCGACGACAAAAUGUUAUUUACAUUACUACGGGUUCGAAAUCGGUCGAUGCGAUGCUCGGAGGUGGUAUCCCCACUCAGAGUAUCACUGAGGUCUUCGGUGAAUACAGAACUGGUAAAACACAACUUUGCCACACUCUCUGCGUCUCGACUCAACUCCCAGAAGAUCAAGGUGGUGCAAGUGGCAAAGUAGCGUAUAUCGAUACUGAAGGUACAUUUCGACCAGACAGGGUUAAAGCUGUUGCCGAUCGAUAUGGUGUGGAUGCUGCUAUGGCUCUCGAUAACGUACUUUGUGCUAGAGCUUGGAGCUCUGAACAACAAUGCGAUUUGCUGGUCGAGCUUGCUGUCAGAUUUGUCGAAGACAGGACAUACAAACUUCUUAUCGUCGAUAGUAUCAUGAACCUUUUCCGUCAAGACUAUUCCGGUAGAGGUGAAUUGUCAGAAAGACAACAAAAACUCAAUCAAUUUCUCGCUCGACUCCAAAAACUUGCUGAAGAAUUCAAUGUAGCUGUUAUCCUUACUAACCAAGUUCAAGCUGACCCUGGUGCCGCUGCCAUGUUUGCUGCACCUACUGCGAAAGCUGUCGGAGGUCAUAUCCUUGCCCAUGCAUCUGCGGUUCGAAUCAACCUUCGAAAAGGUAGAGGUGAUGAACGAAUUGCCAGACUCAUGGACUCUCCUGAUAUGCCUGAAGGUGAAGCAACAUACGUGCUCAAGUCUGGUGGAUGGGAGGAUUCAUCUUAA